AAAACAAUCUGAAGGUCAAACAACAUCACCUCACCGCUCACGCGGAUUGCAAUCAGUGAAAAGUCUCCGGCGACAUCUUCUCCAGUCUCCACGUCUGUGUUUCCUCCGAAAUUUGCAUUAUAAUGGUGUCCAUAGUUUCACCACUUCAGCCGGCAGUCUCUCCCCCAUAUCUCCAACCUUCAAAGCCAUUCCUCCUCAUUUUCCUUUCUGAGCCCUCAUCGUAACAACUGAAAAUCAAUCUUUUUUCUACAAAAGAGAUUUUUUUUUGGGUUUUGUUUUUCUUCGUCCUUGUCGGAACCGCGCGAUCCUUCCUAUUUCCCCUAGCCGCGAUCGUUGUCGGCCUAUCUCGUAGAUUUAUCCUCUGUAAUUUGAUUCGUCUGUUGAUUGAUGUAAUCAACAGCGAUCGCUAUGAAGCUUCAGGUUCGAGUCUCAGAAGCAAGGAAUUUGCCGGCCAUGGAUCUCAACGGGUACAGCGACCCCUACGUGAGAUUGCAGUUAGGGAAACAGAGGACAAGGACGAAAGUGGUGAAGAAGAACUUGAACCCCAGAUGGGCUGAGGAUUUCUGUUUCGCCGUCGAUGAUUUGAGCGAAGAACUGGUGGUGUCUGUUCUUGACGAGGAUAAGUACUUCAAUGACGACUUCGUUGGGCAGGUUCGAGUGCCUGUUUCCCGUGUUUUCGACGCAGAGAAUCAAUCUAUCGGAAACGUUUGGUAUCCCCUUCAGCCGAAGAAGAAAAAUUCCAAGAAGGAUUGUGGUGAAAUUCUUCUGGGUAUAUGUUUCAGUCAGAAGAACUCCGCUGUCGAUUCGAAUUCCAAUUGUGAGCACGACUUCAAAGUGGAAUCACCCGGUGAUCCGUCUACAUGCGUCUCUCCUUCUAGAUCAGAAGAUGCUACGUCUUCCAAAGAAGAUAAAUCAAUUUCGCAGAAAACUUUUGCGUGUCGAAUUGCUCAGAUUUUUAACAAAAAUGCAGAUAGUGCACCUGCGCUGUCGACAAGUAGGAGCAUGGAUUUGUCCGAGGCAUCUGAAAUCUCUAAACCGGGGUCCUCUAUUGAGCAGUCUGAGGAUGAAUCAUCUUCUGCUUCCUUUGAGGAAGUAAUGAAGUCAAUGGAGUCUAGAGAUGAGGAAAGUGAAACUCCGAGUGAUCUUCCGGGAGGGAUCCUUCUGGAUCAGUUGUAUAUGAUUGCCCCAUCAGAUCUAAACGCUCUGAUAUUCUCGCUCGAUUCAAAUUUCUACACAUCAUUUACUGAGUCGCAAGGUACCACGGAGGUUCAUAUAGGGCCCUGGAAAUUUGAAAAUGAAGGUGAGAGCCUUAAAAGAAUUGUUACUUACCUCAAGGCUCCGACCAAACUUAUCAAGGCUGUCAGAGGCACUGAGGACCAGACAUACCUUAAAGCUGAUGGGAAGGUUUACGCUGUUUUAGCAAGUGUGAGCACUCCAGAUGUUCCUUACGGAAGUACCUUCAAGGUCGAACUGCUUUACUGCAUCACUCCUGGCCCUGAGCUGCCAGCUGGGGAUCAAUGUUCUCGUUUGGUUGUUUCUUGGAGAAUGAAUUUUCUGCAGAGCACCAUGAUGAGAGGUAUGAUAGAGAAUGGAGCCCGGCAAGGUCUAAAAGACAACUUUGAACAGUAUGCCAAUUUGUUGGCUCAAACUGUAAAGCCCGUCGAUUCAAAGGAUAUCGGGUUAAACAAGGAGCAGGCUUUGUCUUCCUUGCAAGUCGAGACACAGUCAGACUGGAAAUUGGCUGUGCAGUAUUUUGCCAAUUUCACUGUCUUUUCCACUUUUCUGAUCGGUGUUUAUAUACUCAUCCAUAUUAUGCUUGCUUUACCCAGCACAAUUCAAGGCCUCGAGUUUAAUGGUCUUGAUCUUCCGGAUUCGGUUGGUGAAUUUGUUGUCAGUGGGGUUCUUGUUCUUCAAGCUGAAAGGGUAUUGCACUUAAUUUCUCGUUUCAUUCAGGCAAGAAAACAAAAAGGCACUGAUCAUGGCGUCAAAGCUCAUGGAGAUGGCUGGUUGCUCACUGUUGCUUUGAUUGAGGGGAUUGAUCUAGCAGCUGUGGAUUCAAACGGACAUUGUGACCCAUAUGUGGUAUUUACUUGCAACGGGAAGACAAGAACCAGCUCCAUCAAAUUCCAGAAAUCUCAUCCUCAGUGGAAUGAAAUAUUUGAAUUUGACGCGAUGGAUGACCCUCCUUCAGUCCUAAAUGUUGAAGUUUAUGAUUUUGAUGGGCCUUUUGACGAGGCCGUUUCUCUUGGACAUGCGGAGAUCAACUUUGUGAGAUCUAAUAUAUCAGAUCUAGCGGAUGUUUGGAUACCACUGCAGGGAAAAUUGGCUCAGGCUUGUCAAUCAAAGCUGCACCUGAGAAUUUUCUUGGAUCAUACAGGAGGUGGAAAUGUUGUGAGAGAAUAUUUAAAUAAGAUGGAGAAAGAAGUGGGGAAGAAGAUAAAUGUGCGUUCUCCUCAAACGAAUUCUGCCUUCCAGAAACUCUUUGGGCUCCCACAAGAGGAAUUUCUGAUCAAUGAUUUCACAUGUCAUUUAAAGCGCAAAAUGCCUAUGCAGGGUCGUCUAUUUCUGUCUGCCAGGAUUAUUGGCUUCUAUGCAAGCCUUUUCGGGAACAAAACAAAGUUUUUUUUCCUUUGGGAGGAUAUAGAGGACAUUCAAGUGCUCCCUCCCACACUUGCUUCAAUGGGAAGUCCCAUUAUCGUUAUGACUCUCAGACCAGGUAGAGGAAUGGAUGCAAGGGUUGGUGCCAAGACACAAGAUGAAGAAGGCAGGCUUAAAUUCCAUUUCCACUCAUUUGUGUCUUUCAACGUUGCACAAAAGACAAUUAUGGCUCUUUGGAAAGCGAAAUCUUUGAGUCCAGAACAAAAAGUGCAAGCCGUUGAAGAAGAAUCAGAAGAUAAGCUUCACAGCGAAGAGAGUGGUUCAUUCUUGGGGGUUGAUGAUGUCCGAUUCGCUGAGGUUUAUUCUUCUACCCUUCCUGUUCCGGUAAGUUUCUUCAUGGAGUUGUUUGGUGGGGGUGAAUUGGAUCGUAAAGCUAUGGAGAGAGCAGGUUGUCAGAGCUAUUCAUGCAGUCCAUGGGAAUCUGAGAAGGCUGAUGUGUAUGAGAGGCAGACAUACUACAGGGAUAAGCGCAUUUCUCGCUAUAGAGGAGAAGUGACAAGUACUCAGCAAAAAUCUCUUCUGCUGGAUAGGAGCGGUUGGCUUGUUGAAGAGGUUUUGACUAUCCAUGGGGUCCCUCUCGGUGACUAUUUUAAUCUACAUCUUAGAUACCAAGUGGAGGAUUUGCCCUCAAGACCAAAGACCACAUAUGUUCGUGUAUUCUUUGGAAUUGAAUGGCUAAAGAGCAGUAGACAUCAGAAAAGAGUGACAAAGAACAUCCUCGUGAAUCUACAGGAUCGCCUGAAACUGACAUUUGGCUUCCUGGAGAAGGAAUAUGGGAGCAGUUCAUAGUAAAAUUUACUUUUUUUACAACAGGAAAUUGCAUUUGGAGAGCUCGUAGGAUUCAGGGUCUGAAGCUGGCUCCAACUAUUAUAAUUGCCUAUCCCUUUCUCGGGAAACACAGUGAAUUUGAAAAAAGCUUGUUGCCAACUUGCUCGUGCUCGUGUACUUACACUUGUAGAAAAAUGAAGUUUCUCUCGAGCUUUGUAGUUUGAUUUUAUUUCUUACUCCUUUCCCUUUUCUUCUUUUGUUGAAGAAAAUAUGAGUGUUGUAAUGAGGCACAUGGGUUCAAGACAGACUUAUUAUUCUUUGUAGUAGAAGAAUCUGUACAUCCGAGCAAUCAUUUUAUGAUUCA